GCGCGCCGACACAAGAUGGCGGUAGCGGCGGCACAGUGAAGACCGAGCGCGGCGAUUUCCGCCUCCACCGCACGUUGCGGAGCAGAUGCAGAAAGAUGGCGAGUGAAAACCACAGGGGUGUGCAAGCUGAACCCGUGGUGAUUCUGCACUCUGCGGGCACCUCUGAUCAGGCACAGCCUUCGUCUCCGAAGUCCAUUAAAUUAGUGCAGGAUCUAUCAGAUGAGUUGGUUCAGGCAGGAUGGGCAAAGUGCUGGAGCAGGAGAGAGAACCGGCCUUAUUACUUCAAUAAAUUCACCAACCAAUCGCUCUGGGAACUUCCUGUGUUUGGACAACAUGAUGUCAUUUCAGACCCUCUUGGUUUGAAUGCUACAAUGGAAUCAAAUGAAGGAGAAGCUACAGCUGACAAUGGAUUGCGGAAGCGCAGGCAUUCAGAAGAAAAUCAACAACAAUCAGCAAAUAGCUUCAAAAAACCCAGAGUAGAAGUGCCAUUAACCCCCACAACGCCAACAAUUCCGAUCUCUCCAAGUGGUCCAGGCACUCCCAGUGUCCCACCUGUGUCCCGAGUUCCCGGACCCAACUCAGCUGAAGAGAAACAACAGCCACUGCCUGUGCCGGCAGCUACAGUCACACCUACACCUAGCCCUGCACUGACAUCGGGCCGUCCCACAGCUGUGUACUGGGACCUCGAUAUUCCAACAAACGUAGUAAUUAAAGAGAGUGCUCCGAUUGAGGCACUGUCUCCACACCCAGAGGUGGAGCUAUUACGAGCACAGCUGACGGUAAAACUGAGACAACACUACCAGGAGCUUUGUCAGCAACGAGAAGGUAUUGAACCACCUCGUGACUCAUUCAAUCGCUGGCUUCUGGAACGCAAAGUGAUCGAUAAAGGCAAGGAUCUUUUGCUUCCCAGCGAUUGUGAUCCUAUCGUGUCUCCUUCUAUGUUUCGAGAAGUAAUGAAUGACAUUCCUAUCAGAUUGUCACGAAUUAAGUACAGGGAGGAAGCUCGAAAACUGCUUUUCAAAUAUGCAGAGUCAGCGAAGCGGAUGAUUGAAUCAAGGAACGCUUCCCCAGAUGUGAGGAAAACAGUGAAAUGGAACGUUGAAGAUACUUUCAACUGGUUACGAAAGGAACCAUCUGCAACAAAGGAAGAUUACAUGGAGAGGCUCGAUCACUUGCGGAAACAGUGUGGGCCCCAUGUGGCAGCAGUGGCAAAAGAAUCUGUGGAAGGAAUCUGUGGCAAGAUCUAUCACAUAUCAUGUGAUUACGCUAAGCGUGUCCAAGAAAAGCAUUUAGCAAUGCUCAAAGAAUAUAAUAUAUCCGAAGAGGUGGAGAAGCAGGAAGUGGUAGACAGACUGGUGUACUGCUACCCUGUGAGACUUGCAUUCCCCUCAACCCCACUCCCACGCGUUGAUUUGCACUUUGAGACUGACACUGCCUGCAUACGAUACAAAGGAGAAGUUAGGAAACUAAGUCGCAGCUACUUAAAUAAACUGGAACAGCUGUAUCGCUACAGCUGUGUUGAUGAUGCACGUUUUGAAAAGUUCCUUGCGAGAAUCUGGUGCCUACUCAGAAGAUACCAGUCCCUGUUUGGUGUUGGGGUACAUGAAGGCACUGGACUGCAGGGGGCUUUGCCAGUACCUGUCUUUGAAGCACUCAACAAACUAUUUGGGGUGAGUUUUGAGUGCUUCGCCUCGCCCUUGAACUGUUACUUCAGACAGUACUGCUCUGCGUUCCCCGACACUGAUGGAUACUUCGGCUCCAGGGGAUCAUUCUUGAGUUUCUCACCGAUCAGCGGUUCCUUUGAAGCAAACCCUCCAUUUGGGGAAGAGUUGAUGGAUAGUAUGGUCACUCACAUUGAGAACCUCUUGGGUACCUCAAGUGAGCCACUGUCGUUCAUUGUCUUCAUCCCGGAGUGGAGGAACCCUCCCACACCUGCCCUGGUCCGCAUGGAGGAGAGUAGAUACAAACGUCAUCAAGUGGUUGUGCCAGCAUAUGAACACGAGUACAGGAGUGGAGCCCAGCACAUCUGCAAAACAGAGGAUAUCUAUUACAAAGCAGUGCACGGAACAGUUCUCAUCUUCUUGCAGAAUGAUGCUGGAUUUGGAAAAUGGGAGCCAGUACAAGAGCGAGUACAGGAGCUGAUGGAAGCGUAUAAGAGAACAGGGAAAUCAUCGAGUUCAUCUUGUGUGACAUCUGCUGAUAGAGACCUGGAGCAGAGUCGUGACAAAAGCAGCACUACAGAGCAAUAGACUCUUUAAUCAGUGUCAGGUCUGCAAAGUACGGGAAACUGGAAGCAGUUGACACAUGUAUGAUUUUAAUAGAAGAACUUGAUCCAAACUACAAAACUAUUGUCAUCACCAGCAAGAAAUGUACAUAUGUACAGCCACUUUCUAACCCAAACCAGCCUCUCGGUUCUUACUGUUUCCUUUGUUUUAUUUUUACAAAGGUGUUUAGAGGAGAAAACCAGGAGAUGUUUGUGUAAUAUAUACUAUGAAAUGUUUCAUAACA